CAAUAUGGCGUCCUACACAGGUUUGUUCAACAAAAUCAAGGACAAGACCUGCAGACUGCAAGACCGCCUGAAACUUGUUCACUUCGCCUGGUGCUCCAACCUUGUCUACAUCCCCAACAAGCACUCCGUCCUUAUCGAUGUGGUGGCUGGGCUUAUCGUCAACAGGAAGAAGUACCAGAUCACGGAUGACGAUGUUGCGUGGGUGUGGCAAUGUCUGUACAGCAUCCUCCACAGCCGGGGAUGUUCAGAGGAGGGUGGGAAAAGCAUCCUGGUCAAACCUUCUCUCGGACAGGUGAUCGUGGAUGCUCUCCAGCGAUGCGUGCUGCAGCCCGGGGACAAGCAGCUGAUGAGACACGUGGUGGGUAGUUGUCACGUCGUCGUCACCUCCACCCACCUGUCGUACAUCCUCACAGCCAAGUAUGACACCCUGGCCAGCCUCUUGUGCAGUGUGUGCCAGCUGUGUGCACUGGAGGAUAACGGAGACACAACCACCCUGUAUUCCAUCCUGGACCAUGUCAUACCAGCAUAUACCGCAGCCCAGGCCGCUCACCACAAUCACAGACAGGUAUUGCAGACAACAAUUGACAAAUUGUUGGUUCCAUUGAUGCUUUUCUGCCAUCAAGUAACUGGUUGCCGUGGUGAUGACUCCUCCACCAAAUCCCUCCAAGAAGACCUACACCAGUGCCUCUUUACAGCCCUCUUCAACAGCUCUCACAGAGAAAUGUACCGCAGAUACCUGAAUGCUGGGAAGGGAGGUGACAAAACUGGCAGUGAAGGUUGCAGACCACUAGAAAAUCUGUUUGGCACAUUGAAAAACCUGUUACAGGGAAAGACGCCAGAGAACCUAGUGAAAGUGUCGUGUCAGUGGUCUGCAGUUGUUUCAGGAUUCCUGCCACGGUUCCUGGCAGCCUUCCUCAAUGUGCACGACAAGACCCUGUGUCAGAAGAUGCUGCAGCAUCUCUGCAAUCUGAUUGGUUUAGGCGAGGACAGUGCUGCCCCCUGUAGGCAGCUGGAGACACCGCAGGUGAUGCGGGCUGCAUCCUCCAUGUUGAAGCAGGUCAGGGACGCUGAUGUCUACAAUGUUGCCAGGGACAACGAGGCUGGGGGGAGUCAGCUGAAGUUCUACAGGAAGCUGGCCGAAAUCCUCCUCUCCAUGCCGGUGGAGGACGCGUGGUACGAGACGGCCUUGACUUUGCUGCAGAUGAAUCAUGGAAUACUGGAGCCGAGAAUGUCCCACGUGCUCACACACGGCUGGCUGACCGUCACCCAGACAUCUAGCAGCUCCCAGCUGGGCCCCUUCCUGUCGGAGCUGUUCAACACGUACUUCAAACUGAGACAGAUGCCCAAGCUCAUCACAUACAUAACAUCCGCCAUCUUUGACACCAACCACAACCUCAGCAGCCUUGUCUGUCCAAGAAUCUUCACGGAUCGGUUCCAUGACCUGGUGCAGGGGCUGCCACAGACGACGGCAGUCGACAUCUGGGGCAAGCUGGUAGAAGAGAUGAAGACACGCUACAUCACCCCCCUCACAGACAAGUCACAAGAUGUGGGGUUGUCGAGCAAGUUGCGGAGCGUGGCAACAGUGCUGCGCCUGUACCUGGGUGGGGUCAAGAUGGCCGACUACACCAUCACAGAGGUGACAGCCCGGACUGCCCACCAGCUGAUGUCCCAGAUGGAGACCGAAGUCCUUCAGCCUCUGUAUGAGCUGUGCAGUCAGCAGGGUGAAGAGCUCUUAGAUUCAGCUCUUUUCUUGAGCUACACAUGGGGGGAGCUGAAACUGUUGCUAGCUCUGUAUGACAAGAAGUACAGAGCUGGCAUCACCUUCAGCACAGACACAGUUUCCCAUCAGCAUGACCUUGAACUGGUUCAUCCCUACCUUAACUCCGAGAGGUGGCUAAAGGUACAUAUUAGAGUGAAGAAGUCGCAGAACAAAGUCAAUAUUUCUUUUUUGUGA